AUGUCAUUUUCGUACGAGCCUGGGCCAACUCUGGCGACAGCAUAUUCAGCAAUUGGCCCACAACAGGGCGUCGACGAUGAACAACAGCGUGAACAACGAGAUGUGGGCAAAAGCUGGGCUGAAAGACACAAGAUCUUAUUAGUCGAGACAGCACUUUUCACCAACGUUUUUCUGUCGGGCUUUGACAGCACUAUCACGGCAUCUAUCUACCAGCUUAUUGGGGAUGAGUUUGAAAAUGUCAAAAUUGCAAGCUGGAUCACCACCGCUUAUUUGGUGACAUGCACGUCCUUUCAGCCCUUAUAUGGAUCAUUUUCAGACACCUUGGGCAGACGCAAAUGUAUGUUUUUCGCCAACAGCAUAUUUGCAUUGGGCUGUCUCGGGUGUGGACUGUCGACAAACAUCUUCACGCUGAUCUUGAUGCGUGCCAUCACAGGUAUAGGCGGAGGCGGGCUGAUCACUCUUUCGACUAUCGUCAACUCGGACAUCAUCAGCCCUGAAAAGCGGGGUAUCUACCAGUCGUUCCAAAAUAUUCUGGUCGGCACCGGUGCAGUCAUCGGGGCUUCUAGCGGUGGAAGUAUUGCAGCCAUUUUUGGCUGGAAGUGGUGCUUCCUUGUUCAGGUCCCCAUCUCAAUAGCAGGCACUGUCUUCGCCUUUUUCUUCGUUGAAAACCAACCAAACCAUGCCCAUGUUGCAGGUAUUGACCGGUGGAGAAAAAUAGACUUUAGUGGUGCUAUACUUUUGAUUGUCGGACUCACAACUCAGUUGAUAUUUUUAACCAUGAUCAGUUCUACGGCCGACAAUGGUCCGAGUUUUUUGAACUGGAAACUGCUCGGAUUCUUGAUUUUGAGUAUUGCAUCCUUAUUGCUUUUCGCAUACGUCGAGAAAACGACACCUGCCUACCCGAUAAUUUCGCAUCAUCUAUUGGGAGGCUCAACGGACAGCAUUUUGAUCAUCGGAUUCUUUGUGGGUUUCGUAGCAUACGCCUAUCUUUUCACUUUACCACUUUACUUCCAAGUAGUGGGGGGAGAUUCAGCGGCACAAGCCGGUCUUCGACUUGCUAUCCCUGCAUUUUGCACCCCGAUUGGGGGUCUUAUAAUGGGAAUAUCUAUGAAAGACACGAGUCGUUUACCCGCUCUACUGAUUGGGGGAGUGGCACUAAUGCUUUUCGGUAAUUUAUGUUUCCUUUGCAUUGACCAAUCGACUCCAGGCUGGCUGACUUUUCUUCUACUGAUCCCUGCCAACGUUGGGCAAGGCAUAACUUUCCCUUCUACCCUUUUCUCCUUUCUAUUCGCAUUUUCAGUCAGAAGACAAGCCACUGCCACCGCGGUGCUUUAUCUCUUCCGAAGCAUUGGUUGCGUUUGGGGUGUUGCGGGAAGCUCAAGUCUUGCGCAGGCCCUGGUAAAUAGAGGUUUGAGAAAGGGUUUAAAGAACUCGGCUUCGGAAGAGGAAAUUAGACUUCUACUUAUCAAGUUGAGUCAAAACACGUCUAUCAUUCGCAAGCUAAAGCCCGAAGUCAGAGCAGUAGUAAUAGCGAGUUACAAAACAGGUAUUCGCGGUGUCUUUCUCUUAUCAAUUGCGCUUAGUUUUAUCGCCCUCAUUCUGUCAAUUCGUUCCAGAGAAAAAAACACCGAAAACAAGGCGCAAAGCCUUGCAGCCCUUGAGCGUCGCAUUAGUUUCUGA